GUAACAGUUUCCAUGGCAACAUGCUUACGGGCAACAUGGAGUUUCUACACUGGAGCUCUCAUGAUGUUGCGAGAUGGAUUGCGUCUUUAGGAUUUCCUCAAUAUAAAGCAUGUUUCACGGACAACCUCAUCACUGGGAGGAAGCUCAUUUAUGUAAACUGCAUCUACCUGCCAAGACUUGGAAUCACAGAUUUUAAAGACAUGCAGGUCAUCUCUGCUCAUGUGCGUGAGCUGCAGGGCAUCACAGAGACCCUGUGGAGUCGCAGCAUUGCUGACCCUUCAAGGGACCGCAUGGGCCUGUUUCUGGAGAGGAAGAGCCGGACAGGUGAACAGGCAGACAGCCUCAUCUACAACCAGCGGUUUCCUGGGUGACUGCCGUCAGAUUAAAUGUAAAUCACAUAAGUAAAAUUGCUCAAAAACCAAAA